GUAAGUCACCCCACCCCCCAUAUAGGUCUUCCACCGGGAGAUGGCGCUGGACCCCUUUUAGACGCUGGAGGACGUUGGAUCCCUUGGAUCAUCGUAUUUGAAGCUGAACUCACACGGAAUAGACAGGAACUAGGACAUCACUCCAGGAAAAUACUGAUGGAGGAAGCGGUUAACCUUCCGCUACCCUCUGAUGGGGAACUCGAGGGCUCGGCGGGGGAGGAAGACAAUCCGAUCCUUUCUCUGGGCCAAGUUGAUCUGGGGACAAGUGCUCCGGACCAAUGCGAGGGGGUAGGACCCGCCCCUUCACAGGUAAUGGGGGCUGGGGAGCCUGUUACGGCUUCCCCAGCUAUUGGGGAUAUCGCGGGGGCCCAAGCGGCACCCCACAAAGGGGGAGUUUCUAGAACGCCUCCAGGGUUUGAGGACAUAGGGAGGUUUAAUCGGUCCUUCCCGGAAAAACAAAUGCGCUGUUUGGAGGCGUUGGAGUGGCUCGUGCAGGGCCAGCUCCUUCCAUAUCCGGGCGCGAUAGUUAGGAUGGUCCAAUCUGGGCUACCCUGGGACUUGGUCCUGGGAUUCGUGGACAGGGCAUAUGCGCGGGCGGUGGAGAUGGCGGAUGCGGGUUGGGUCCGCUGUCUACACGAAUACCUUGGGGGGCGGCUGUCUCCUGAUCAAUACGGGAAUCGGUUUCCGUUAUUGGACGAAGGGGGUGGGAACGAUGGGUUGGUGUUUUUCGACCCCGACACUCCUUGGUGGGAACCCGCCAUGGAGAGGCAACGUCGUUUCCCUCGAGGUUUGGCUUAUCUGCCUCACUUCGAGGGGAGGGUAUCCACGGCGACAGCGUCGGCGCCAUGGUUUCAGGACGAGCCGGUUCCGGAGGCCUCGACUGCGACGUGCAAUUUGGAGCAGGUGGGACUUAGUCCGGAACCAGCUCCAACUGCUCCGGAAGCCGCCUCAGAUCCGGAGGAGGAGGAUAUUGAUACUGGGCCACAAGCGGCUGCGUCUGAGGCUCCGCCUUCCGAUAACCCGGAGGUCCCAUCCGAGCACACAAAGGUCCCUGAAGCCCAGGCUGAGGAACCGUCCACGGGGGGUAGGUCCAUCAUGCGUGAGAAGGGGGAGGCGGGUAGGCGAGGCCGGGCAGGGGCACCUGCCAGCCCGGGUAAACGCGCGUUAAGCGGGGCUAUUGGAGGGCCGGCUCACAAGCGGAAGGCGAGGGGACCUUGUCCUCUUUGCCAGCAGCGGCCCCACCAAAAGUUGAAGGUGCAUGUGUAUCGUCACAUGCCGCCAGCACUCCGUUUGGGGCUUGAUAGACCCGUUGGGGAGGAGCUUCCUCUCCUGGAGGUAAUGGGGUGUCUCCGAUUUUUGGCCCAGUGUUUUACAGGUAGUCCUGACCUGGAUUCGCUGGUUAAGUUUGUGAAUCUGAAGGCCCCCGACAACUGGAAUUGGUACAUUCCGCCGUCCAUGGAGGAGGAGAUGUUCCGUUUUCUAGGACAGCUGGGAGCAUUCCGUCCCAGUAGUAUUUCGGUGCGUCCCCUUAAUUCUGUUGCCGCAUUACUCCACUGGCGAGUAUUAGCAUUCCUGGUGGGGCAGCUUACUGAGGAAGAAAUUCGUCAGUUGCACCACCUUGGGGGUUCCAGUGCCCCUGAGAAGGGGGAGGCUAUGCCAGUCAGAACUGCGCAGCUUAAGCCGGCGGGGAGCACAGUCCCCUCGACGCCGGUAGUAAGGCCGAAGAGGCCCACAUCAUCUGGGCACGACAGGGAUUAUGUCCCGGCUCAUUCGGCUCCGGCUGCAGCGGGCGCGCCACCAGCUGCUAAAGGGGGAGUAUCGGCUACCCCUGUGGCACCAAAGGGCUCGGUUCAGACCCGGGUUUGGAAACGAACCCCGGGGUCUACCCCAGAGGCCGGGCGCGUUUCGUUCGCGGAAGUCGCGGCAAAGCCCCCUAUACCUCUGGCUGUUGACAGCCAUUUCCACCUGGAUUUCCUGGAGGGUCGUCUGGGACAGAAGGGCUGGAAAUGUGCUGAGUCAACGGCGGGCAGGGAGCCUCGGGUCCCAGUCCGCCUGGUCGGAGGUGUCGCGAAUUUCUGCGAUCCCCGCAAAUAUAAGGGUAUCCUGUUCCCGGAGGGCCGCAACUGGAAAGUCUCUGUGGGGGUACUCCCCCGCAUGGCUUCCAGUUUCGAAGAAGCUGACUUAGACGCCAUGGGCCGAUUGGCCUGUGACCCUAAGACUAGCGCGCUUGGGGAGAUUGGUCUGGACUAUUCUCUCCCACCCUCCACGUGGUCGAAGCAGCUUCUUGUGUAUACGACCAUCCUAGAGCAGGUCGGGGCUACUGGCAAAGUCCUGAUACUGCAUCUGCGGGGAGAAGACGGAAAAACUUCCGAUGUCCCCUCGAGGAUUGUUCGAGAAGCGACCAGGACGAGGGCCAACAGACAUCAGCGGGUUCAUAUCCACUGUUGUACUCUUGGGCCUCUAGAGGUCGAGGCUUGGGGAAAAACUUUCCCCAAUACCUACUUUAGCUUCGGCUGCAAGGUGAAACAUUUCACCGGGGAGCAGCUGGACGCGUUGAGGAAGGUUCCUCUCUCCAAGUUAUUGCUGGAGACUGAUUCUCCAUAUCUUCCCGUAGGGGGGGUCAGAUGUAUGACCCCUGCAUACAUCGGGGAGGUGGGAGAAUUUGUCGCCUCAGCUAGGCGCAUGGGUUUCCUCACCCUCAUGGAACGUGCCCGGAUUAAUCAUCUGGCGCUCUAUGGGGUGUAGUGAGGGUAGGAAAGGGGGAUGGAGGAACUUUGUCCUCCAUUUUUUCGAAGGGAUUCUGAUUCCCUUUGCAUUUUUUGGGGUUAGGU